AAAGAUUUUUUUGUUGUUGUAUUUCCUGAUUUUAUUUUCUUCGACAACCACCAUCAAUUGAAAUAUUGAAUACGUGCUCAAAAUUCGAACGUUUUCAUUUUCCGUCCAUCAUUGUGAAGAAGAAGAAGAAGAAGAGGAAAAAAAUCAUUGGAUCACCCUGUCUAUUAGAAUAAUCGAUAGAAAUACAAACCAGUGCAAAAAAAAGACGAUCGAACAACAACAACAACAAUAAAAACAUCAGACAAACUGUGGCAUUUCGAUUGGCUAUGUUAUUUACGCCUAUUAGGCGAAUGUCGUUCAUUUUUGAACGGUACAUCUACGACGACGGUAGUUGCCACCGCCAACAACAACAACAACAACAACAACAAACAAAACCGUCGACUCCGACGAAGAAAACGACGAAGAUAUUAUCAAUCGACAACAACAACAGAAUCAAUCACAGAAAAUCAUAACCAUCAUCGAAGACGAAAACGAAAAUAAUUUUAUUAACAAUAAUUGGAAAAGAAUCAAUAAAACGAAAUCAUCAUCAUCAUCAUCAUCAUCGCCACCACCACCAACAUCACAAUCGAUGAUGAUGAAUUUAAAUCAUGCUGAAAAAUUUAAAUGCCUUUUCAAUGAUUUACAAGAAAAUUUUAAAAAUUUCACAACACAAUUGCAUAGUCCAUUAUCGUCGAAUCAAACAACAUCGAUCAAUAAUGAUUGCUUGAAUAAUAAUAAUAAUAAUGAUGAUGAUGAUGGCGAUGAUGAUUGUGAUCCACCAUUUCUUGAUCAUCAUCGUACCACCAUAAUUAAUGGUAGGCAAAAAAUUAAAUGUAAACAACAACAACCAUCAACACCGCCUGGUACCUGUAUGAAUACGGAAGAAUUUCGACGUCGUGGUAAGGAAAUGGUCGAUUAUAUUGCUGAUUAUAUGGAAACGAUUCAUAAACGUCGUGUAACACCAAAUGUUGAACCUGGUUAUCUAAAGGAUUUCCUACCAGAAUCGGCACCAAUUCAAGGAGAAACAUGGGAUCAUAUUAUGGAUGAUUUUGAAAAACUUAUUAUGCCCGGUGUUACACAUUGGCAACAUCCACGUUUUCAUGCAUAUUUUCCAGCUGGUAAUUCUUAUCCAUCCAUUUUGGCCGAUAUGAUUUCCGAUGGUAUUGGCUGUGUUGGAUUUUCGUGGGCUGCAAGUCCAGCCUGUACGGAAUUGGAAAUCAUUAUGUUAGAUUGGGUUGGAAAAAUGAUUGGUCUACCGGAACAAUUUCUUUGUUUCAGUGAUCAUUCAAGUCGUGGUGGUGGUGUUAUACAGGGUUCAGCAAGUGAUUGUGUACUCGUAUCAUUAUUGGCAGCAAGAUGUGCUGCAAUUAAAAAAUUACGUGCAAAAGAUGGUAUUGGCACUAAUAAUAAUGAUGAUCCAGUAAUAGAUGAUGGUUCAUUACUAUCAAAAUUAGUUGGUUAUUGUUCAAAAGAAGCACAUUCUUGUGUGGAAAAAGCAGCAAUGAUUGCAUUGGUCAAAUUACGUAUAUUGGAUACUGAUGAAAAUUUUUCAUUACGUGGCCAUGCAUUACAAGAAGCCAUUGAAGAAGAUAAACGUAACGGGCUGAUACCAUUUUUUGUUUCCGCAACACUUGGUACAACUUCAUGUUGUUCAUUUGAUGCAUUAUAUGAAAUUGGACCACUUUGUAGCCGUGAAAAUCUUUGGUUACAUGUUGAUGCAGCAUAUGCUGGUAAUGCAUUUAUUUGUCCAGAAUUUCAAUAUCUUAUGAAAGGAAUUGAGCAUGCAUCAUCAUUCAACAUGAAUCCAAACAAAUGGAUGUUGGUCAAUUUUGAUUGUUCAUUAUUAUGGGUUCGUGAUCGUUUUAAAUUGACACAAGCAUUGGUGGUGGAUCCAUUAUAUUUACAGCAUAGUUUUUCUGAACGUGCUAUCGAUUAUCGACAUUGGGGUAUACCGUUAUCACGACGAUUUCGUUCAUUAAAACUUUGGUUUGUUAUACGUAAUUAUGGUAUCGAAGGCCUGCAACGUUAUAUUCGCGAGCAUGUUCGAUUGGCUAAACGAUUCGAACGUCUAGUACGACAGGAUGAUCGAUUCGAAGUUGUUAAUCAGGUUAAACUUGGUCUUGUUUGUUUUCGUUUAAAGAGUUCAGAUGUAACGAAUCAAAAAUUUCUAUCUACUGUUAAUGCAUCGGGUAAACUGCAUAUGGUACCAGCAUCAUUAAAUGGAAAAUAUGUAACCCGAUUUUGUGUUUGUGCACAAAAUGCAACCGAUUCGGAUAUUGAUCAUGCUUACACUGUGAUUUCACAAUUUGCAACCGAUCUAUUUGAAAUAAUUGAAAUGGAAGAUAAGAAAAAGCAACCAUUAUCAACAACAAUGACAACGACUACGACGACGACUACGGCAACAAACGAUAUAGAUGAAGAAACAGUUCCAAUAACAGUAAAAACCGAUGAUAAUAUUGCAACAACAAAUAUUGAAGAUAAUGAAGCUGUUGAUGAAGUAUUCAUGUUGGAUCGUAAACGACAGAUGAGCUUAAGAUAUAAACGUAGUUUUUUCGUACGAAUGGUAUCGGAUCCAAAACUUUAUAAUCCAAAAAUUGUAAAAGCAUUAAAUAAUACAAAUUCAUCAUCACAAUCUUCAUUGGAUGCUACUACUGCUACUAAUCCAAUUGCCAAUAAUAUUACUAAUGAUAAUAAACGACAUACAAGUGAAUCAAAUGAACCACCACCACCACCAUCAUCAUCAUCAUGAUCAUCAUCGAAAAAUUUUAAUUCAAAUUGAUUUGUUUUUCCCCACAACAAUUAUCUAAAAUAAGAUUUUAGCAUCAAUUAA